AUGACUGAAAAAGGAUCAUCAAGUUCUGAUUUGGGCCUAAAUGAAAGUGAGGGGGAAAUUGUGAAGAAUCUUCAAACAAAACUUGAUAAUUUUGAAAUUGAAUUUAAUGAGGAAAAAGAAAAGAAUGAAAAAGAGAAGAAAUUAAUUGAAAGUAAAAAUAAGAAGGAAAUGGAAAUUUUUGAGAAGAAAAUGAAUGAGGAAAUUCAAAAAGUCAAGUCUGAACAAAAAAAUGAAAUUAAAAAUUUAAAAGAAUAUUUUGAACAAUUAAUUGAUGAGAAAAUUGGGGAAUCGACGUCUGGAAUUAAAAACUUUGGCAAUUUAGGAAUGAAUUUUGUUCAAGUUAAAAAUAAAUGGAGUUUAACGUCUAAUAGUUGUGAAAAUGCCGAUACAGUAAGGUGCAAAAGUUUAUGCGGCGGCACAUUGCAAGCAUAA